AGAAGAGCACUGUUGUUCUUAGCGGGGGGAGCCAGAGGAGUUAAAAAGUUAAACCUUGAUUGCCUGGGUCUGUGAGAAUUCAGCAUGGAAUGUCUCUACUGUUUCCUGGGAUUUCUGCUUCUGGCUGCAAGAUUGCCACUUGAUGCCGCCAAACGAUUUCAUGAUGUGCUGAGCAAUGAAAGAACUUCUGAUUAUAUGAGGGAGCACAACCAACUGGCUGGUUGGUCUUCAGAUGAAAAUGAAUGGAAUGAAAAACUGUAUCCAGUGUGGAAGAAGGAAGACCCAAGGUGGAAAAACUGCUGGAAAGGAGGCCAUGUGCGGGCGAUUCUGACCAGUGAUUCACCAGCACUUGUGGGCUCAACUAUCACGUUUGUGGUAGACCUGGUAUUCCCCAGAUGCCAAAAGGAAGAUGUCAGUGGCAACAUAGUCUAUGAGAAGAACUGCAGAAAUGAUAUUGGUCCAUCUCCUGACCUGUAUGUUUACAACUGGACCGAGGAAGGUGGCUGGGGAAAUAGCCCCAACCAACACCAUCACCACGUGUACCCUGACGGGAAGCCUUUUCCUCACCACACUGGAUGGAAGAGAUGCAAUUUUGUCUACGUCUUUCACACACUUGGUCAGUAUUUGCAGAAAUUAGGACGGGGUUCAGCAAGAGUUUCUAUAAACACAGCCAAUGUGACACUUGGCCCUCAACUCAUGGAAGUAAUUGUUUACAGAAGACACCAACACGCAUAUGUCCCCGUCGCAAAAGUGAAAGACGUGUACGAGGUAACAGAUCACGUUCCUGUAUUUGUGACUAUGUAUCAGAAGAAUGAUCGAAAUUUAUCUGAUGAAACGUUCCUCAGGGACCUCCCCAUUAUGUUCAAUGUCCUGAUUCACGACCCUAGUCACUUCCUCAAUGAGUCGGCCAUUUACUACAAGUGGAACUUCGGGGAUAAUACUGGUCUGUUUGUUUCCAACAACCCAACUUUGAAUCACACAUACGUGCUCAACGGAACCUUCAGCCUUAACCUCACUGUACAGGCUGCGGUACCUGGACCUUGUCCUUCGCCUUCGCCCACACCUCCGAAACCCACCUCUCCUUUAUGUAAGUGUUUUCCAACCGGUGACAACCCCCUGGAGCUGAGGGAGACUCCUGAUGAAACCUGCCACAUUAACAGAUACGGUUACUUUAGAGCCACCAUCACGAUUGUAGACGGAAUUCUGGCGGUCAACAUCAUCCAGAUGACGGACGUUCUGGUGCCCGCGCCACAGCCUGACAACUCGCUGAUGGAUUUGGUCGUGACCUGCCAAGGGAUCAUGCCCACAGAGGUCUGUACCGUAGUUUCUGACCCUAGCUGCCAGAUCACCUACAACACGGUCUGCGACCCUGUAGAUGUGAACACAGGUGAUUCGUGCUUACUGACUGUGAGAAGAGCCUUCAGGGGGUCUGGGACGUACUGUCUGAACCUCACUCUGGGUGAUGAUAGAAGCCUGGCCCUCACGAGUGCCCUCGUCUCUGUCCCUGCAAGAGACCCAGCUUCCCCUUCAAGCAUGGCAAAUGGUGCCCUGGUCUCCGUUGGCUGCUUAGCCAUAUUUGUCACUGUGAUCACCCUUUUGGUAUACAAAAAACACAAGGAAUACAAAUACCUGAUAGGAAACGGUACUGGGAUCGUGAUCAAAGGCAAAGGCCUGAAUGUCUUCCUCAACCACGCAAAGGCCCUGUUCUGCCCUGGGAACCAGGAACAAGAUCCAUUGCUCAAACACCAGCCGGGAACUGUUUAAAUCUUCAGCUUUCUUUCUGACCAACAGCUCACUCCUCAGGUGAGCUAUGCCAGAGUUGAUGACUAUUAACUUCUGUUCCUAAAGAUUAUUGUUAAACUCUCUACUGGGGCUUAGGGAGGUCCAAAGGGUUUUUUUAUAGGCUAAAUGACAUCUUAGAGAAGUGGAGAAGAAUCACACUGUGCACGACCUCAGCCGUGUUAUAGAACUGAUAAAACCAGUUAGCACUGCUUUCUUUCAUUAUGAUUUAUGUUUCACUUAUAAUGUCUUAGGUGAUCAGUGGGGUAGACACGCUAUGUCCAAAGAGUAGGGGGAGAAGGUGCUAUCCCUUAGAGUCUGGCCUCAGUUCACUGGAAGGAGAGGCCGGACGCUUUCUAGCUAUCCGUGUUCCAAGCUAACUGAACACUACUUCAAUGAACAUGCACGAGCUCCUAGCAAAACAGUAAUGGGCCAAACAUUUAGUGUGAUGUGCAUGCCUCUUACACUAAAACAAAAAUGUAUAUACUAAUCUAAUACAUGGGUGUGAAUAUUUUCCUGACACCUGCCAUGCCCAGCUGUGUAAAGGAAUGCUGAUCAUUCAUUUUUUCUGUAGACCUCUACUGAGUACUUUCUGUGUAUCAGGCAUGCUUGUUAGGUACCUGGCCCUACAAUCAGAGUGCUCACAGUCUUGUAUAUAUAUAUAUAUCAAUUUCUGUGCGCUCAGUGCACGUAUUUGAAAUUAUAUAUUAUGAUUUUCCAAAGAAGGAGGCCCCUGCUUUUCCUACUGGUUUCUCUACUUGAAUGAUAUAGGGACUUGAUCAGUAAGGGUUUUACUUCCAUUUGUAAUUAAAACUCUCUACCAGAUGUCAGACAGGACAUGCUUUUUUUUCUCCUUCCUGAAAAAUAAAGUACGAAAAGAGAUAA